CUGCUUCAGCGCAAACACUCGUCGUCCCCACCCUGGUCACAACUUUUCCUUCCCUCCUCUUCCACAUCCUACACCCAAUAAGCAAGAUGGUUGCCUCCCAGAUUUUCCUCGGCACUGCCGCCGCCCUCAUCGCCUCCUCGACUGCCUUCAUCGCACCGAUGGCUGUGCGAUCUGCGGCACCGGCUUCCCCUGCUUCAGCCCUCAAGAUGAGCGCUGGGUCCGACUACGUCGCAACCCUGCCCGGAGCUCCCUUCGGCGAUGGAAAGAUUUUCGACCCCCUCAGCUUCUCGGAUGGUGCUGCCCCCGGCGACAUCAAGAAGUGGCGCGAGGCCGAGAUCAAGCACGGGCGCGUGGCCAUGCUUGCUUCCCUCGGGAUUCUCGUCGCAGAGGAGUACCAUCCUCUCUUCAUGGGUAAAGAUUUCAUCGGCCCGGCCAUCAUCCACUUCCAGGAGAUCUCUGCGCAAUUCCCCGAGUUCUGGGCAUUUGCUCUGCUCGGGAUGGCGUUCGUCGAGUACAACACCAUCAUGACCGCUUUCGCCGAGCCAAGCUUCGUGACCGGCGAGGGCGGCCUGAAGGAGGACUACAUCCCGGGAGACCUCGGCUUCGACCCACUCAACAUCAAGCCCAAGACCGAAGAGGCCUUGGACGCGAUGAAGACCAAGGAACUUAACAACGGCCGUCUGGCCAUGAUCGGCACCGCUGGCAUGCUUGUCCAGGAGUUGGUUAACGGGCAGGACAUCCUCCCCAACUUUUUCUCCUAAAUGCUGGGAGCCUCGUGGAUUUCAGACAGCUGUUUGUGUGUGUGAACGUUUUUAGCGGCUGCCGUUGAAUGCAGUCUCUGCUUUGGUUCGCGCAGAGGCACCGCAGUUUACCUCCGAUGGUGAUCAACAAUGCGCAUGAGGAACUGGUAGUCCUGUGGGGUCGAGAAGAGCUUUUCGUUUCACACCGGCUAGCGGUUCCUCCCCCAGGGUCGGUUGUGGAGGCAGUUGGCCAAGGUUGCUUCUCAGGGGAGUAUGAGCACGCGACAAGCACUUGCGGAGCGUUUUGUACAGUUUUGAGUUUGUUAUCUACCCAGUUAUUCGUUUGUCGUAUCGCCUGUGUGACACGACCACAGGAGGGCGGUUGUUGGCAUGAAAUUAUCCCACACGGAGGUCCCAUGAGAUUCGCGUGAUGCGUUUUCCAGGUGCUCGGCAUAAUUUUGGUGUUAAAUUUGUGGUGCUGGAAUUUCACACUUUUCAAAUCGCAGUCUGAUGUAGUGCAGUGUCGAGCGGCCGUGUCUUCCAGACCAGCGGCAAAGUUUACCGUGGGAACGUGAUGCAGUGCAGUAUGUGAGCAAACCCGCACGGUGUAGAGAGAUUGCCAAUUUCUCCCUUUGGCUUUGAUUCAGGGUGUGGGCUACGGUACCCCACCCUAUGUGGCACACUGGCAAUACAGCAGCGGUGUUUUCUUAUUGUAGACAAUUUUCAAUUCGUGCACAUCCUCGGAUAGAACAUGAACGAUUUUCGUCGCAAACAUUUCCCGCUGAAAGCGCCGAACGACUAGAUCACUUUCACGAACGCGCAUAUCUACUCGCUUUGUUUCAUAAACAGAUCGCUAGUGUGUUCCCUCUACGUCACACGUUUUGACGGCAUGUAUCCGCAACAGAUUGAGCCCUGGUGCCGCUGCACGAAGUAGACUUCCCCUUGUCAUGCCCAAAGUCGGAGAAAAGCCGGAGAAAGAUAAUCACUCGGCAAUUUCAUUCCCGGGUAUGCACACGUUUUGGUUGAACAAGUGAAGUCAUGAACGGACCUGUGAUGUACCGCAAUCGUACGGGCAGGUGGAAGCAUC